UUCCAGUCGGGCAUUUAUGAGCGGACACUGGCUUCACCAUGUCAAACCACCUUCGCUUCAUCGCUCGGACUGUCAUGGUCCAGGAAGGCAACGUUGAAGCGGCAUACAAGACUUUAAACAGGAUUCUCACUCAGGAUGGGAUAAUUGAAACAGUGAAACGCAAGCGCUACUUCGAGAAGCCCUGUCGGGAACGACAGAGGAAGAACUUUGAGAACUGCAGGCGGAUCUACCACAUGGAAAUGGGCAGAAAAAUUGCCUUUAUCUCAAGGACAAACAGAGAGGACCCCUGGCUUGGGAACUAGAGGAAUGGAGUGUGAAGAGAGAUGAGGACUUCAGUGGACUGGGUCCAGCAAGAGGAAGACACAUUCAAGAUCCGUGUGAAGUCAGUGUUUCAUCUAAAUGGACAUGGGGAAACUCUGGCAAAUGAGGAUUUCAUAUUUGCAUUUAUUGUAAUGUCAAGUUUUGACUGUUAUUGCAUUUUCACAUUAAAUUCGGCUUGAGACGAGCAGUGCUUAAACCAAGA